AGUCUCAUCCUACAAUUCAAGAGUGUCUCAGAGAAAAAAGAAAAAAAAAAAAAGAGGAAGAAGAAAAAAAAAAAACACAGAGGAGGGAUGUCUGCACUGUGAAUCUGAGGAGCAAACCCUUACUGGCACAUACAGGAUUUCAGAAUGGGAACACUGGAGUGUUUUUGAUCACUGACAGCUGCAGGUGGAGGAGUCUUUUUGUUGUUGUUUUUUUUUUUCUCCCAUCACAAUGUGCGACGGAUGUAUGUGGGUCGGAACCCAGUUUAUGUUCAUUAGGGAUACAAGGACUGGCAACUUAUCAGCAUGAUUUACCGAGGGCUGGAAAACUGAUAUCAAUGUUAAAAUCGACCCUGGAGGGAGGACCAUGGCGAAAAGGAAGGGACUGUUAUUUUCACUGCUGUACUUUAUAGCAGAGUUUUGGCUCACUUCACAGCAAGUACUAAGAAUUGGUAAGCAGAGAGAUUUACUCCUUUUUUACUUCUCCACUACAGUGCAGGAUUUUUAAACUUCAAUAAUAUGCUGAUUAUGAGACCCUGAUUGAAGUCUAUUUUCCUAUCCAUCCCUUUGACUGUGGAAAAAAAGAGGAGAGUGACCGUUUGUGGCAUGACUGUAAUGUAUAUUAUUUGUAAUUUCUAUUGCAUGUCAACAUUUUAUUAAAUGACCUUCAGCCAGGAUAAUUAAUGCAUGGAUUAUUGGACAUUAUGUCUAUAAUUUUGUUGAAGCAGCAGAACAUUUACCUCCUGUUAACAUCCAUUUAAAUCCAGAGAAAGGACUCACUGUGUGUUCACAUGUCAUUAUGUGGAGAGCUAGUAUAGAGAGUCUCUAGAUGUAAAAUGUCCUGUAGAAACUUUCGUGUUGCUGAGAUGUCCCUGCAGUUUUCUUACAGAUCUCACGACUGGAUUCUCUUUUUUUUCGUGAGGGAGGAUCUGAGGACAGAGUGCAGGGCUGUCCACAUGAAACAGCUCUAUUGGUUUUCAUCAAAAUCAUGUUAAUCCACUUUGGUUGGCUGAUGCCAGAGUCUCUAUCUCUAUUCCUCCAUGUUGACAGUGCUGGGCAGAGGCAGAUGAGCGAUUAGGUUAGCCCACUGCUGCGUCUUAUUGCAUGUGUGUUCAGGAUGAUUAUGCCUUUGCGUGAACUCCAUUUAAUCAAACUUUGUUUGAUGUAGUUCCUCUUGACCUAACAUACUCAAAAGUAGUUAAGUCACUGUGCAUUUUUGUUCUGAUGACCUGUUACAUCUCUGUACGAGGAUCUGAGCCCAAAGUUUUCAGUUAAGCCUUUGAGAGUAGACAAGAGCUGCGCUUUCAACUUUAAUCUGCACUUGUAAUUAGACAAACAGAGCUCCAACUAUCCCCCUCUGAUUUCUGAUGUAACUUCUGUAACAAUGAGCCGGUGUUUGGUGGCAAAUUAAAGCUGUCUCCAUCCCUCCCAUUUGUUAUCCACUCCUCCCUCUCAUGAGGAGGAAGAUUGCAUCACGAAAAUGCCUUUUUCAAUUUAGGCCUCGGGACUCUCUGCUCCGUGCAAUGCCCAGGGCGACUCUGUUAUUUUCUCUAAACUUCAUCUAUUUCUAAAGACUUCAACCAUCCGGCUCGUGGCGUUGCUUAACUUCACAGACUAAUAGGCCAGCGCCGCCUCUCUGCCCUGACAGUCCUGAUCUGUGCUCUAUAUUGUUAAUCUCUCUAAAUCAUCUAUCACUCUCUGAGGCCACCUAAUCUUUGUCAUUCUCCCCAUGACCCGCACACAUCCUAAUCUCCCCCAUAUGGUGUGUGGCUCGGUUAAAUUAACAUUUCUCUGUCUUGGCAAGUGUUGGUAUCAGAUUGUGACUGGCUUCGCCUCUUUUCAAUGGGUUGGUAAUAAUGGUAAAUCUUCUCUCCUGAGCCCAACUAAUACUAACUAAUACUAAUCUUCUUUAUGCAGAAAGUCUCUUCCCCAAAUAUGGUACUUAAGCAGCGACCAAAUCUCAUCACUUGGGAGCAUGCAGAGGCAGCAGCUUGUGGUCUGGCCUCCACUGUGUUUUUGUCGUUUAUUUAAGUCCUGUUUACCUCGGGCUUGCUUGCUUGAUGUGUUUAUAACAUAUAUCGUAUAUCUCACUGAGCAAUAGAUGGCUUUUAGACGUCUAGUUUUUUUGUUUUUGGACCUAAUUUUAACCGUCUAGAUUCUGUAUAUUUUUAGACGAAAUUUAGACGUUGCACUUUAACCCAUUAUUCGAUGACUAUUUAUUUCAAAAAGCAAAAGUGAGUUGCAUAACUGAUCUCCAAGUACUUAAACAAAAUAAUUAUGAUAGCCGUUGAGCAAUAAACUGUGUAGUAUAGAUAUAGCCCAGAUUUAGACUUGAUCGAACCUUGGUCCAACAAACGUCGGACAUCGAAGAGACGUGCAGAUGAAGUCAGUAUUGGGUCGGUCCGUCAAAGACCACAUCUAGACAUCAGUGCGACAUGCAAAAUAGGUUAGAAAUUUCGACGUCCAAAUUGGACGUUUUUUUAGACAUCACUCUGACGUUUAGAAUUUGGACGUCAUCUGAAGACCAAAUCUAGACGUCGGCACAACGUGCAAAAAGGAUCCAAGAUUUAGACGUCAUUCUUGGACCUCUUUUAGACGUUGAAAUGAUGUCCACAUUUGUACCUCAUCGUCAAAAAAAUAUGUUAAAUAGAUGUCAUUUCGACGUCGCAUUGCGCAGUUAGACAUCAAAAAACUUUUGUUUAUAGACCUGAUUUUAGACCAGUCCUCUAGGCUACAUUUAGAUGUCUAUUAGACCUCUUUUAGACCAAAAAACGCUCAGUGGGAUCAUUCAUCCCAUAUUAUGUGAAAAUGUGCUAUCAGCGUCCUCUAACCAAAGAGACCAGAUCUAGUGGAUCUAGUGGAUUUGACACUCUCUAUGAUCCUGAUUUUCACUCUGAAUGUUUUGGUGUUGGGUCACAAGCAGCUCUGCUACAAACAGAGAAAGCUCAGUCCUCCACAUCAAACGAAGAUAGUAGACUGGUCAGGACCUCCUCAUUCAUUCACACUCUGGCACCGGCCCAGGUUGGAGUGGAGCUGGUGGUGUUGUUGAGCUGGGGGGUGGGGGGGUGGGGGGUCUCACUGGGAACUUGCCCAGGAUGGGGAGCGGGGCAGAAAGCAAAACACUACGUCAUUGUGUUCCUCGGCCUUAAAAGACUUCCCUUCAUGAGAUAAUGGCACAGAGUCCCGAAAUCGCAGAUUACAACCAGCACCCACAGAUCCGUUUCUUAAUGUGAACUUCUUACUUUGGGUUUCUGGAUUCGAAAAGGUCCGAGCAGCUGCUUAAACCUGAUCCCUGUUACCCUUCCUGCUCUCAGCGCUGAAGUGAGGAACAGAAGUCUAUCGCCUACGGGUUUCUCAGCACACGCCUGCAGCAUGAGCGCAAUCUUUUGUUUUCGUGACCUCCUAGCAUGCAUCACCCCACAGCAUUGUCUGGCCUAUUAAAGAUGAGAUGGAAGCUCAGUGAUCCUGAAAAUUAUAUUUGAAAGUCAUCAUUGUUAGCUUGACGAUUAGCUUUCAUUCCUCUUUUCUUUACUAGUUUCAUUUAUCAUGACGCUCUAACACGGACGACCACACUCUGAUGUGUCGAAAUAAUACAGAAGAUCUUUCUUUGAAAAGAAACGAAGGGUUUAAUUUUCCAAAUCUCAGGAUUGUUGUGAAUCACUUUAUUUUUCAGAUCAAAAUCGAGAUGAUUGCAUUGAUUGUAUUCUUCGUUAUUUUCACAGCACAGUUGAGUCUCUUUUUCAAAACGAGACAGAUUAGUGAUGACUUUGAUAUUAGGCCUCCAGAGUCAAACUGGUAAUUAUAAAAAGUUUAAACUAACUCAGACGGCUCUAACUUUUUUGUCUGUUUAUUCAUUUGCUCGUUAAUAGCCUCCAUUGAUCCCCUGCGCGGUCUGCAAACAUACAGUGUGGGAGUCUUAUUCCCCUUUUCAUCUUCGUCUGAAUCAAAAAACAAAUCCAAUCUACAGUGUUGGUUCGUCCUGUGAAAUGGAGAUGAGCGGAAUAUAAAGAUGCACCGAGCCGUGAUCCCAUGACCCAUUUUUGAGCUACACCCACAAAAACAGGACCAGACAGACAGACAGGGCCGCUUAAAGCUCGUGUUCAGACGGGUUUGUUUACAGGAGACAGCUUCAUGUCGCAAAUGCCACAAAGGAUGGAGAAAGAUUUCAGUUCAUUUAAUAUUUAUUCUAAUGUUAAGGAUGUGAUAUGUCAGGGACUGCGUGAACUCAAAGAAAGGGUGGAGGCAUGUGCCAGACUUUGUAGGGAGGAGAUCAGAUCUAAGAUUCAGAUCUUAUCCAAGAAACUCUUGAACAUAAGUUCAACUCUGAAUCAACAAAAGAUCUAAAAUAGACAAAUAAAAAAAUAUCCCUCAAUGUUGAUAGGACUUUGAAAAAUAAAAGACAAGUAGUGAGGACUUUCUGUUUGUUGUGAAUCAGACACAAGGCGGCACUUUUAUCUAAAUCUAGGUUUAAAUGAAAACGCCGCCUUGUGUCUCCCUAAAGUUUAUAAAUGUUUCUAUGAAAGCAGAAAUAUUCAUCCUUGCAGACUCGUACAGGAAAAGCCCUCCUCUUGCUAAAGCUAACGAGCUAGUCAGAAGUAAGAAAACUUUGUAUCAGUUAGGGCUGCACGAUUAAUCAAUUUUAAAUCGUAAUCAGGUUAUCUGUAAUCGGAUUAUUAUUUGCUGCAAAGUCUGCAAAGUCUGUCUGAAGGCGGUAUCAACCUGUCCACACGGAGACAAAUUGUCGUAGCUGCGUUUCAUCCACACGGAAAUGGCAUUUCAGGUGACUGUAAACUGUACUUUUUGAGAACGGGUCAGGGAGUGCAUAAAUUCAUAAACAACGACCAUUUCAUCUCUGAGUGGAUGUCUAUCUGCAUCUCUCAAAACAAUUAUGUAACAACGGCGUAACUCUUUUAUGGCACCUGCGCGUGUCCGGCCAAAACAACCUUUAUACCAUAGACUGUAUAUAGAAUGGAACAGCACUCUCUGGUGACGGGAUGCAGUAUAGGUCAUAAAUCCCGCCUUCUCCAGCAAUCCCUAUGGAGCUGUGGACAAACAUUAGGAAUUUAUUACACAGAAUAUAAAUUUUUCUCCCCCCUGGUUGCGAUGCUGAUAUGUAGUUACAGUAAGACUGGUUUGUGCUCAAGUCCUUUUUUUUCUGUACAGCUCCAUUUUUAAAAGUUAUAAGGGGGUUCAUGUUUUCUAUGAUUGACACCUGAUACAGCCUAUGGGCGUACAGAGAUUGCGUAGCUCAUCCAGGGGGGAUAUGCUGUUUGAGCCGAGCGUCAUCGACUCUCCCGCCGAACAACGCUACUACGCAAGUGGUGGAGUGUGUACAACGCUACUGCACAAUGUUCGUUUCAGGAAGAGGAGAGAAAUAGGAGGAAUUACCGAGCGCUUUUCGGCUUCAAAUCUGUAUACUGGCUGAAGGCGGAACCAAUUUGUCCAUAGUAUAUACAGUCUAUACUUUUUAUGUAUGCUCCGUAUUCUCCUUGUCUUUUGUGCAUUUCCUCAGCCGUGUUACAGCACCACUUACUGGCUUGGCAUAUGCACUACAUCGUUUUUAGUGGUUUUGUUUUGAGAGAUGAUAGAAAAAAGUAUUAUUAAAGCAAAGUUUGGUGAAGUUGUUACUGAAUAAAAAAGUCGAAAUUUGAAUUUCCGAGAAAAAAAAUCAAGAUUUUAUCUUCGGCUGAUAUCGUGCAGCCCUAGUAUGCUGCUCUCUUCACUCAUUCAAAGUCUUCCUGCACCAUCAGUAAAGCAGAGCAUGUUUCUUUGGUAUUUCCAGCUGAAUACUUUCAAAACUUAGCUGUUGCUUUAUCAACACACCCGCUUUCAUCACCAAAUUCAUGAGAUUUUUUGUGCUGCAAUCAAAGCUUGUUAAUUUCGGAGGUGUUUUAGCGACAAAUUUCAAGUUUCUCUGCUUGACAAGCCGAGGAGUACCGUGAACGUGGCUCUGGAAAUGAACACAGGCUCAGUCUAAUACAACAAAGUCGUGAACGCCUUGGGUAGACACAAAUUAAUUAUUUUCCUGGUGAUACGCUGGCGUGUUUGGAGAGACUUUUAAUUGAAAUACAUGAAAAGAUAGGACCAUGACUUCUGCUCCUCUCUAAACCACAAAAAUUUAUGAGAAAAUUCUGGACAAAAAAAAAGAAAUUAAAAACGGAGUAGGACUGCUGCGUCGCUCCAGAUGUCUAAGUGGGUGAUGGUGAUCACAGGGAUGAUAAUAACCGAGCUUUACUGCUCUGCUGAACAAUGACAAAGCUAACAGAUGGAUUAUUUAUCUCCUGACACAGACCUACAUGUUCAGCCAUUAUAAACACAGAGAGUAUAUAUUUUACAGUAGAGUUUAGCUCAUGUGCACCAGAACCCUUAGUGUUAAAUUUCAGACAAACUGCUGUCAGGCUGAAUCCCCCCGUGCCGCUCUGUGAAAAUCAAGAAACUCAUUUCACUUUAAGCAGAAGUUGAAGAUCUUAUCUCAGGUGGAAAUGAGAAGAGAUUAAUCUGUUUUCUUCCUGUGGGACGUGCAUUUCCACCAAGCUUCAGAGAGGAAAUGAAUAAGUGAACAGUGCAAUAAAACAGAUAUAUUUGUCUUCUGCUGACAACUCAACUUUCUGUGUGAAUACUCGAUACAGAAAACCUUUCAACCACUGUCAUUCGAUUGUACAGAGCAGCCUCCUCCAUGCUUCUUCUUCUUCGUCUGUUUUUAUUGAUAACUUGAGCUUAAAGCCUUUUGUUGGAUAGUUAAUGAGGUUACAGUCAUUCAUGCUGGUGGAGACGGUAAAUUAAAUGGACGAGGCUGUAAUGGCAUAUCUAUUAAUUAUUAAAAAGGACUGAUAAAUAUGGAAUUUUAAUGCUAGCUUUAGAUCAUUUAAGGAGGGUUGCGAAGAGCGCCUCAGCUCAUGUUUUAUCUUUUAUUCGCUUUUCAUUCAUUUGCAUCAUUUUCCAUGUAAAUUCACUCCGUGGAUGCACGCAGCGCAUUUUUGGAGCUCUUGCAUCAGUGUGGAUGCAUAUCAUUUAUGCACAUGAUUAGAGGUCAGCUGCAAAAAUAUAAACAGAAAAUUUGCAGCAGCUAUUUUUGCUUCACACACAAGCUGGAGUGUGAGGAGAGAAGACUGGAUCAGUGACACCUGGAUUGUUUUUGUUGUUUUAAGUGGUGCCCGGGCAAAUCUCAAGUUUAUUUCAGUGUUUAUAUCCGACAGCUGAAAGGGGAAAGGUGGUGCUGAGAUGGAAAAAGAUAUUCCGAGCAAAUUCAGAAGAAGGUUAUUGUAUUUUGGCCUGAGAAUUACAUUCAAGCGGACAGAAUUAAGAACUCGAACAGGCCCUAGCAGCUGCUCACUGAAGCUUGGUAACCAUAAUUGGGAUUGGCACUUUCAAGCAUGCUUUUAGUGACCAGGGAGUCCAGACAAGGCUCUCUCAGUUUGGGGUUUGGGGCUAAGCUACAGCAAAGAAAAAGGUCAUUCACAAUCAAGGUCUCAAGGGGGGCUUUUUAAAGGCCCUUUCUCCUUCCAAAUCAAUCACAAUUUCACAGGCAAUUCUUCAAAGAGUGUUACAGAGAGCUGUGACCUAUUGCCAUCUGUAGCCUGUGUGCUGAAGUGAGGCCAUUUGCAAACUAUUGCAGAAUAGAAAUGACGGACCAGGUUUGUGUUCAGACUUAAUGUAACUAUUGAUCAACAAGUUUGCAAAUGGCAGAGCUUUUAAAAGGACCAUUUACCUUUGUUUUCUUAUGGAGACAAAUGUGUGUGUGUGGCUAAAUUGAAAACAGAUUAUCGUACAUUUAUUUAAAGAUAAACAGACUAAAUUACCCAAAUUAUUCAGCACUGGCUCUGUUCCUGCAAUUAUGUCGAUUCAGUUUGAACAAACACUGAACCCUGAUUAUAUUUUUCAGAUACUCUGUCACUAAAGCGCCUCAUUUUAUAAGUGAACUCUGUUUGAAAGGUUAGGCUGAGAGAAAAGGACACUGAGUCUCCAACAAGUCUGAGUGUAGGUGGUGACAAUCCAGCGUAUUCCUGCCUUUAAUCCUAAUGUUUUUAAAGCUGCUCUUUAUGAAAUAUGAAACAUUAUACAGAAUACAUUCGUGCCUGUCUGCAAUGAUAUAUAUUUAUAUAUGUCAAUAUAGUCAGACAUGGCAUGCCAUAUUCUGGAGCCAGGGUUUGGAUUAAGAGCUGGAUGGUUUUCAAAAUGAUCUUCUCAGCGCUGAAACAAGCGCUGCCUGUGACCCUCUCUCUCUCUCUCUCUCUCUCUCUCUCUCUCUCUCUCUCUCUCUCUCUCUCUCUCUCUCUCUCUCUCUCACACACACACACACACACAGCUGAAGUAACAGUGUUUGAAAGAAAUGUUGGUCGAAUUUUGACAGUGGUGGUCUCAGCUCAUUGAAGGGGACAUACACAGUUUUAUUGUCCAACAGCUGACCUGUUUUAUAUUUAUUAUCAACAAUCUGAAUCUGAAACAACAAGUUUGAUUAUUUGAUGAGUAAAUGAACAGAAAGGUUGUCACAGCUUUAGUUUUCUCAUGCAGGAAAACUGAACAUUAUCUUUUUUAGCUCCCACUCUGAGUGGAUCGUCUGCUUUUCUCGGUUUAAACCUUUUUUUUAAGGUUGUCCAAUCAGCUUAUUUGGCCCCCGAUCCCAAUCCGAUUUUUUAUACAUUGAGUAUCUGCUGACACCUAAUCCAGUAUGAUAACAGAGCUACACAUGAUUUAUUUCUGUCCUUUUUAAACAAAAAAUAUUCAAAUAAACAGCAACAAGACGGACAAAAACAACGACUAUGGACCGUAAAGCCAUCCAAAACCCGGACUGGUUGUUCAGAGCAUCAUUCCCACCACCUUCUCUCUAAUCUUUCUGGCCUUUUGCUCUCACACAGACAUCUAUCCUUCCUUUUCUAGACCAGAUUUUGUCGCUUCAGCACAGACGCGACCAAAUAAUUACUGCAUAAACCAGAAGUGUCUGUUGGACUGUUUUCACUUUAUGGUUUUACAUAUUUUCUCUAUAGCUGACGCUGAGCUACUCAUGUUUUGAUUUUGCCACAAAUUGAGCAGAGUUGACAUCAGAAUCAGAAUCAGAAUCAGAAGGGGUUUUAUUGCCAUUGUCGAUGAACAGGAUUCACAGACUAGGAAUUUGUUUUGGCAUGAUGGUGUAACAAUAAACAGAGAGAAAUAUAAAAUACUAGAAUAAAAACUAAUAAAAGCAUGCAAGAAAUAUAUAAAGUAUAAAAAUAUAAAGGUAUAAAAGGUUAUGUACAAUGCUAUGUGCUUUAUAUAUUUCUUGCAUGCUCUUAUUAGUUUUUAUUCUAGCUGACAUGAUGAUGAGCUUGUGAUUGGAGCGUUCCUACAAAAAAACAAUGCUAUACAUGCAGGUAUCGCUUUGGUUUUGCUGUAAAUGAAAAAUGAAAAAUGCCAAGACUUACAGUGUAUUGCAUGAUGAUGUUAAUUCACUGCAGCACCAUUAUGUCUUUGAGUCUGCCUUUCUUUCCAGUCAAAUAUGACAAAGCACCUUCUCCAUAAAUGAUGGCAGCAAUGAGUUUUACAAGCUCUGCACUCGGAGCAGUGCUAAAUAAACAAACACAAUUCAAUGUAAGAAAGAUAACUGGGUUAUGUAAAGUGCUGAAAGUCCUGUCGCUAUAAGUCAGUCCAGAAUAUAGACCAGGACUAAUCAGCUAAAGAGCAGCUUGUAGAGGUAUGUAAUUCAUAGUCAUGUCUUUUGGCAGCCAGAGCAGACACACUUAGUCCUUAACCUCUUUAAGGUAAAUUACAUCAUGUAUUGGGGCUUGACUAUGUGAUACUAUAAAUCACAGGCCAGUAGGUAAGCACUGAAGUACGAUUAUACCACAGCAGGCAGCUGUCCUGAGCUGUAAAUUUAAAAGGAUUGUAAAUAUGAGUGUGGGAGGUGAACAGGUGCACCUAUUUAUCCAUGAAAGCUUGAUGAAUUACUGCAGAGAGGGGAUAAAAACGUGGAAAUGGGAUGCUUUUAAAAGCUAAUAUAUCAGGGGUUUAGUAGAUGUUUUAGCUGCAAAACUAGACAUGUGGCGUGUCUUCUAAACUGAAUAUGCUAGUUUGGUGAAAGCAAAAGAAAUCAAACUCUUCUUCUUCUGUCUUGGUCACCUUUAAACUUUGGAAACAAUCACUACAAUGGAGGUGAAGCAAAGUCACAGGAUCAAUAUCUGUUCUGCUGUUGCCUCUGACUAAUUCCCACUCUCCUGUUCCCUCUUCCUUGUGCAGGGGGCAUCUUUGAAACGCUUGAGAAUGAGCCCAUCAGUGUGGAGGAACUGGCCUUUAAAUUUGCCGUGACCAACAUAAACAGGAACCGGACCUUAAUGCCAAACACCACGUUGACCUACGACAUCCAGAGAAUAAACCUAUUUGACAGUUUUGAGGCCUCCAGAAGAGGUAACAAUAACCGCAUCAUGGGAAAGUUUUCUUCAGCGAAAUAGAGUUGUACUUAUGAUUUUUCUCUCUUGACUCUGUUGCAUUUGUUCAGCCUGUGAUCAGCUGGCUCUGGGUGUUGGAGCUGUGUUCGGCCCCUCUCACAGCUCCUCUGUUAGUGCAGUUCAGUCUAUUUGUAACGCCCUAGAAGUCCCUCACAUCCAGACCCGCUGGAAACACCCCUCAGUGGACAACAAGGACAGCUUCUACAUCAACCUCUACCCCGAAUACACGUCCAUCAGCAGAGCUGUGCUGGACAUCGUUCAGUACUACAAGUGGAAAACGGUCACUGUCGUCUAUGAGGACGCAACUGGUGAGUGGAGAUGGGAGCUGAUGACAGGAGACAUCUGGUGUUAAAUCCAGAGGGAGGAUCGGUAAUGAAAACAGCAGCAAAGCAUAAAGAGACAACAGCAGCAUAUGCCAGCACUGAUUAAAACAUAACAGCAGCACACACUGUAGUGUCACAUUAUAUCCUAUAUUUAAACUGACUGCCAUAUGAGUGCAUUCACAAAAGUGGCGGCUUUAUUUGUGGCUGAGUAAAUACUGUGCAGCUGUUUGUAGAAUUCACAACAACCACAUGUUUGAGUGUUAAUCAGGAACACAGCCAUUGGUGAGAGGUGAGGAGGGAUCUCUGGGAGCAGUUUUAAUCUCCGUUGUUUGGACUUUAUGAAAUCUAAUUUGCUCCUCAACUGACUGAUUAUCUGCAAUUUAAAAGAAGCUGCUUAUACAACCUUCAAACACACAAUCUCACAGAUUUACUGAACACAGAGAUGAGAUACUAAAUCACUACCAGUGUACUCAGACAUCAGACAUCACUGAUGAAGUUCACGGUACUGCUGUCAAACCGAGAUAAACAAUAAACAUUUGUAGGUAGAAGAAAAUUGUGUUUCUUCUCAGACUGUUCAAUAAGGCCCAGAUUGGAUAUACAUCAACUCUCCAAACCAUAGCAAUUAACUCUACAGAAAUAAUUAAACACUGCUCCUACCUUUGGAUCCAUUUUGUUAGUAGACUUCCACCCCAAGUCCCUCAACCUGCAGUCCCAGCAGCACCUGGUUUGAGGUCCAGAUCCGUCUCUUCUCCAGACGUCAGUUUGGGGUGAAAUCAAGAGUUGUAUCCACGGAAAAUGUCCAGAAAGAGCAGAGAUAACCCUCCAGUGUGGUGUCCAAAACAAUGCUUUACUGUCACAGUACAGUAGACUGUUUAGAAAGUCCCGCGAUAGCUUGCUUGCUAGUUAGCUCCGUUUACUGAUAACAAUGUCAUAUGCUAAAGCAGUGCUAAACUACUUAAUCCUAAAGUUUUACCUUAAAACUUUUUUAGUUCUUUGUAUGGCGUUUGAGUUUGUCGAUUCAUGACACAAAACUUUGGGCCAACCACAAACGGCAUCUGUCUUCCUCUGUCAUGAACGGCGAAGCUAAUGGUAUUCCGUUGGACUGUGCUUCGGUUAAAUUUUUAUAUAGGAUAUUAUCGUGGGAGUUUCCAAUCCAUCAGUUUAUGAGCGUAGAGACAAGCGCUUUGAAUUGUCGUGCUUGGUAACAAAUCUCGACCGCUAGCAAAAUGAUAUAUAACACCUACUGUUGCUCGACCACGUCUAAGUAAAUCACAGAAAUUUAUGGCAAAAAAGUUGACCACAUACACCAAAUGUAGGAAACGGAAAUGAAACGUAUAAGAAGGGAUAAAGUGAAACAGUUCUUGGUGAAGUUUAAAAAUGUUGAUAUUAGAUAGCACUGCGUCUUUAGCUGACUUUUUAUUUCAACGGUUUUAAAGCCAAGAAGAAAGUAGGAGUUAAUGUUGAUGGAGUGAAGCGAGGAAGUGAUAUUUGUCGCCCUCCUGUGGUGGCCCUGGAGAACUGUAGCAUGGUAUAUAUUCUGGCAUUGCUGCUUCAGUUAGCAUUUUUAGAAGCAAUCAGACGCGAACACAUGAUAAAAUUGAGUUUUUCGCAUGGCAGCAGCUCAAAAUUAUUCUUUCAAGUCAUCUGAGUCGACCACCGUAAUGAAGUUCGACCGAGUUUUUGCUGAAGCUUAUUACCGUUGGUGUUAGCGACAUCAACCAGGCUCAACUGAUAGGAACUGCGACACCCACUUUUGAUACUUGUAGUAGAAAGACUUCGCCCUCUGGUGGUCAAAAUGAAAAACAGCGGGAGCGUUAUUGAAGUUGGCGUUUCCAUUACAUUUUUUCGCAAAAUAAAAGCGAUGUUUAUCACAUUUCGACAAAGUACAAUUGCGAUUUGCGGGUCUUUCCACUGAAUGGUGUUCAGUACAUAAGCGAGCCGUCAGCCUCUCGCGAGCCGUGUUUCAAUGACCGUUGCCUAGCAACGAGGUAAACUUCCUGCCCGUGCGACCUCGUAUUCCUUAAGCCUUUUUUCCACACCAACAUGGACGAGACACUAAACAUUUUGCGUUUUGGAGCAGCUAUUUCUGUGACCAUUACUGCUGUUGCCGCUGCUGUCAUCAGAAGACGAAGGCAGCGGGUGAUAAUUCAAAGGCAAAGCCCGUAUGUAUGGGAGUGAACACGGAUGAGGGAUUUCUGGGAGAGGACCGUUAAUGAGGAAUUCACAGACGAAUUGUGGAUUCAAAACUUCAGAAAAAUACAAAUACAAGUCAAAACUUCAGAAAUAACUCCGUCUCCUCCCCCGUCCACACAUAACGCGCCAUCUUUGCUUGAAAUGAACUGGUCAAAUGACUCGCUACGUCACGUCCGGUGACAGAGAAUUGCGAGAAUAGUGUUUCCAUUACACUUUUGCGAUAUACUUAUACACGUCUGAAAAACCACCUCAUGAGAGCGUAAAAACUUUUUAGCGAUAUUUGAGAGGUUUUUCGAAAUUUAAGUGUUUCCAUUACCAGUUUUCUAUUGCGAUAUUUAGGUUUUGCGCAAAUCUAUGGGUAAUGGAAACGCAGCUGUGACCAUCCUUUAGGUGCAGAAGAUCCAGUAGAAGUUUAAAAAAAUAAUUAGGGUAUUUCCUUCUUGCGGAUUUGUUUUUAUUAGCCUUUAAAAAAUUAUUUAUUUUCUAGUGCAACCUUUAAAACCAAGCUAGCUAAAACUGCCCCGCUAAGACUGAACAUGUUCAACGUUUCAACAUUAUUCAUAAUUGUGUAGGUUAAAUGUCUGUUUCAAUCCAUACUUUUUCCACUUGGACCCGAGCCACAUUACUGGAUAGACUGAAGCCCCCUCCCCACUGUCUGUUUCCUUUCAAUAACCAUAUGCAGCUCUAAAGAGGCUUUGACUGAGCCCCAGUAGCUAAAACUGGAUUAUGGUAUUUUGGGAUACUUACAUAAAGAAAACUAGAUUGUAUGUGCUAAUAUUGCAUCUAAUCCUGCAGAAUAUAAAUUUAUUGAGGUUUUUUUGCUCUAUUUUAUUGUGAUUUUAAAGUGAAGAAAUGAAAUGGUGGCACACAGGAUGUUGUCUUAUAUUUCUAUGGGUUUUCCAGUUUUGUGUUGUGCAUUCAUUCAGUCUUUUUAUCUGAGGUACUUGAAUAUAGGAUGGUCUUACAGUUGCGUCUUACGAUUGUUGUCAUGUAAUUACAGGACUUAUCCGUUUGCAAGAACUGAUCAAAGCUCCAUCCAGAUACAGCAUUAAAAUCAAGAUUCGACAGCUGCCAACAGGAAGUAAAGAUGCCCGUCCUUUGUUGAAAGAGAUGAAGAAAGGAAAGGAGUUUUAUGUCAUCUUUGACUGCUCUUACCAAACCUCAGCUGAUGUUCUCAAGCAGGUAAAUAACACAAAGCCCACGCGCUGAGAGCAGAGAUACUUUUCUCAGGGUUUAGCUCAAUGCCAAAGAUUGAUCUCUGUGAUAUUCUGACUCUUUCGUUGCUUUUGGUUGAUAAGUCACGUUCUGUCACCUUCAGAAUUGCCUCUAUUUUAAUCCAGAAAAGCUGCACAGAAGAUUUAUUAGAAGCAUUAAUGACUCUUACUUAUUUCAGAUACUUGCUUAUUAAAACUGUUCGUAUGUAUCUGUAAUCUGCACUUGUCCUGGGUAAAGACAUGAUUGGCUCUGGGCCUCUAGGACAGAAAACAGGGCUGUUCUGUGAGGGUCAGACUGUGGUGUGAGUGUUUGGUUUUUGAAGGCAAACUCAUGAACCACUCUUUCAUUUCUGGUUCUGUUUAGAUCUUGUCCAUGGGGAUGAUGACUGAGUAUUACCACUUCUUCUUCACUACAUUGGUAAGAGGAUUGUUGCUGAGCCACAUGUCUGUCAUUGUUCACCUCCAGAAUUUGUCAAAGUCUCUUAAUUUUAAAAAAAUGUACGCAGGAUGAUGACUCUUGAGAUUUCAGACUAUUAAGACUGACAUGCAGUUUAGUCACAUGCACCAUAAUUACUGCUCCAUCCUCUUAAUUAAGUCUUUGUCGUGUUUGUGUGUGUCACCCACAGAUUCUGUUAAGCAAAGAUUAUUCAGAUUAACUUAAACAUCCGUGGUGUGUUUCAUAAUAAGAUUUAUGGAUGUUGUCUGUGCCCUUGGCGUUACUCCGUGCUGUUAUACUGUAUACAGUCCCAGUGUUUCAGGACAGAUGAUGAUGAUCGUGUGUGUUACGUACAGGAUCUGUUUGCCCUUGAUUUGGAGCCUUACCGCUACAGCGGAGUCAACAUGACAGGCUUCAGACUGCUGAACAUCGACAGCCCUCAGGUGGCCUCGGUGGUGGAGAGGUGGGCCAUGGAGCGACUGCAGGCGCCCUCCAAACCUGAGACCGGGAUGAUGGAGGGGAUGAUGACCGUGAGUUCACCUUUACCUCCUUACCUUAUCUGGAAACGAAUAAUUCACCAGCAUCCACAUUUGGUUUCUGUAUUGGUCUUGGCCUCAAAUAGCCCUCAGUUUUACAAUGAUUUAAAAGGAUGCAUGAAUUCACAUUACACCUGUUUCAUCUCACAAUCAGUGGAAAGUUUGGCACAUUCAUCUCAAACAAAAUAUGUUAUUUAUAUAAUACCAACUCUGUCUGUUAGUUAGACUGAAAAAAGUCCAGUCUAACAGAUUUCUUGAGGAGUUACCUGCAGUUUUAACAUGCAAUCAGGACCCUUUCAAAGAAUCAUCAAAGUCCUUCACCCCUUUUCUGUUUUCUGAUUUGUUCACAAUCAGAAAAGUUCUCUGAAUAGAAGUUACUUAUCAACUUCAGCUGCUUUAAGGUGCUACUUUGAUUUAUUUUCAAGCAUACUGUAAACCUUGGUGUGCUCUGACAAAACAUACGCAGCUGAGAAUGUGCGUCAACAGUUCUGAUGUGAUUUCAGAUCCAAGCUGAUGUUUAGUGACAGUCGUGUUUCUCUUACAGACCGAGGCGGCUCUGAUGUACGACGCCGUCUACAUGGUGGCUGCUGCUUCACAGCGUACCUCACAGAUCACCGUCAGCUCCCUGCAGUGCCACCGUCACAAACCCUGGCGCUUUGGAUCACGCUUCAUGAGCAUGCUCAAAGAUGUGAGUGCGCUUUAUCAAUGUGUGACACCCAUCCAUCCGUUCCUUUCACAGCCUUUAUCUCGUUUCCUCGGGUGCAGGAGCAGAAACAAUAGAGUGGAAAUCAGAUGUGAUGAACGAGGAGUGUGCACAUUAUAUUUGAAAUAAUUUACCCCAGGAGAUGGGGAUUGACGUCACGCGCUGCAGGUUGGAGGUGUCGUGGAUAAGUGGGUCAUUAGCGAGCUGCUGAACCGAGCUGUCCACUGAGAGCUGCUGCAGACUAGAUCAGAUACCAUGGCAGACAUAAUGAAAUAUAUUUGUUCAAACUUUCAGCUCAGAUUUUCAUCAGUUAAAGUUUAAAGUUGAUACAGUAGUAUCCUGAAGUGUAGAUGUGAGGUAAUUGAAAUAGAAAAGCUAUUAAAUUGUGCAUGAACUAUUGAUCUGACAGCAGACAGAACAGGAACACAGCGAGACAGAUGCCCAUUUCAGAGCAAACACUGAUAUUUUGAACAACACAGCGUCUGUCUGAUGGGAAUGAUCCUGGUUUGAUGGAGAGGCAGGCUUGGCUCAGCUAAGAUAAAUUCAUCUGGAUCUUGUCAGCUCUCUCGUUAUACCGUGGUCUUUAAUUAGAUGUUGCUUUGACAAAUUAGCUUUUUAUUAUGAGUGGAGACGGAAUAUCCACUGUGGUUAAAUCAGCGUUUCAGCUGCAAAGCCUCAGCAGAUGUUUGCUGUAAUUAGACCUGUGAUCAGCAGUUUUACACUCUGAAGAGUAAAAUAUGAGCUUCUUGUCUAUUAUUGAUGUCCACUCUGUCUCCUAUCAAAUGGACAUGAUGUCUAGUAUCAUCCCAAACACUUUUCUCUCCAGUGCAUUAGGAAUGCCCCAACCCUGACCUCAGUUACUAGACUGGAGCCAAUCACGGUUGAUGGUUUCAACCUAUCAUUUCACACUGAUCAUUAACGUCAACUACCCUGAAAUUUAUGCUAAAUCUGUCAGGGAUUGUGGUUAAAACCCCUAUACCAUAAUGUAACCAUAACAGUAAGGUUGCAUACUAUAUAAUGAAAUAUUUUCCAUUCUUAAAUAAGGAUUAUUUUCUCAUACAAAAUUUGAAGUUUUUAACAUACUAUUCUAUUGCAUUUUUAUCAUACUAUACUAUGACAUUUUUUUUCAUACUAAAAUCAAAUAUUUUUUUCAUGUUAAAAUAGAAAUUUUCAUCAUACCAUACUACAUAAUUGUUAUCAUACUUUACUAUGACAUUUGUUUAAAAGCUUCAAAUAUGAAAUUUAUUUUCACACUAAAACAUGAAACUUUAACAUACUAUAAUAUGACAUUUUUAUCGUACUAUUGUAUGACAUAUUUUUCUCACUAAAAUUUGAAUUUUUUUUUUGAAAUUUUUUAUCAUGCUAUACUAUGACAAUUUUGUCAUACUUUGCUAUGACAUUUUUUUACACUAAAAUUUAAAAUUUUUAUUUAUACUAACAAUGAAAUUUUUUACAUACUUAGAGAUGACAAUGCUUUUCAUAGUAAAAUAUAAUUUUUUUAUCAUACUAUACUGACAUUUUUAUCAUACUAUGAUAUUUUUUACACUAAAAUACGUUUGUUUUUUUUUCAAAAUUCGAAAAUUUGUACAUGCUAUACUAUGACAUUUUUAUCAUACUAUACUAUGACAUUUUUUCAUACUCAAAUAUGAUUUUUUUCACACUUUAAGAUAAAAUUUUCAUCAUAUGAUACUACGACAUUUUUAUCAUAUUGUACUAUGACAUUUGUUUUAUACCGUAAAAUAUGAAAUUUAUUUUCACACUAAAAUAUUAAAUUUUUAUCAUACUAUACUAUGACAUUCUUUUCAUACUUAGAUAUGAUUUUUUUUCUGACAUUAAAAAAUAUAUUUUUUUCCAUACUAUAUUAAAAAAAUGUUCCAUUCUAAAAUAAGGAUUAUUUUCUCAUACAAAAUAUGACGUUUUUAACAUUCUAUUCAAUUGCAUUUUCAUUAUACUAUAGUAUGACAUUUUUUUCAUACUAAUAUCUGAAAUUAUUUUCAUACUAAAACAUGAAAUUUUUAUCAUUCUAUACUUUUAUUGUUAUCACACUAAACUAUGACAUUUGUUUUAAUUCUUAAAAUAUGAAAUUUAUUUUCACACUAAAACAUAAAAUUUUAACAUACUAUACUAUGACAUUUUUAUCAUACUCUACUUUGACUUUCUUUUUUCACUAAAAUCUGAAUUGUUUUCAUACUACAAUUUGAAAGUUUUUAUUUUAUCAUACUAUUCUUCGAUUUUUUGCAAACUAUGCUAUGACAUUUUUAUGAUACUACACUGCGACAUUUUCAUUAUUCUAUACGUUUUGUUUUUUUUUGUCAUAGCCUACUAUACUAUAAUAUUUUCACCAUACUAUACUAUGACAUUUUGAACAUGCUAUACUAUGACAUUUUUAAUAAACUAUUCUAUGAUUUUUUUAUUAUACUUUAUUUUUUGCAUUGUUUUUUAUUCAAAUAUAUUUUUUAACUGGUAUUAAGUGUUUUACUCCAAUUCCUCAAUCACCUCUCACCCUUUUCAUGCGUGGAUGUUGAUUGGAAGAAGAGAAGACGAGGAUUCACAAGAGUUCUCAGUUGAUGCUCUAUUUAUUUAUUACAAUGAGUCAAGAAUGUGCAACAGAGUCUCUGGGUUCAGAAUUAGCUCACCCUAGCAAACAGACAGCUUAGAGGUCUGAGUGCUUCAGAACCCAAACUAACUUUCCAUUGAACCCUUAAUAGUUGAGGAUCAGCCUAUCUAGACAAGGAGUACGCUUCACUUGGUGUUGUCUUCACAUGCAGGCUGGUUCCUCUUUCUUCUUCACUUCUCAAACGGAUGGGUCCAGCUGUUAACCUACUAAGGAGCUGUUUUUGGGUAUUCAACAAUUAAAUCACACAUUCAUACCAAUAAAAACAUACUGUUAGCUGUUGCUGGACAAAUAAUCUAAGCAGGACAGAUGUGAAAUUUUUAUCAUACCAAAAUAUGACAUUUUUAUCCUACUAUACUAUGACAUUUUUAUCAUACUACACUAUGAUAUUUUAAUCAUACUACACUAUGAUAUUUUUAUGAUACUACACUAUGACAUUUUUAUCCUACUAUACUAUGACAUUUUUUAUCUCACUUUACUAUGACUUUUUUUUUUUUUAUCAUGCUAUAGGAUGAUACUUUGAUUAUACUAUAGUGGUACAUUUUUUACAUACUUUACCAUGACAUUUUUAUCCAGCAAAACUAUCACAUUUUUAACACACUACACUAUGACAUUUUUAUCAUACUAUACUAUGACAUUCUUAUCAUACUAAACUAUGACAUUUCUUAUCUCACUUUACCAUGACUUUUUUUAUUAUCAUGCAAUAGGAUAAUACUUUUAUUAUACUAUAGUGUUACGAUGACAUUUUUAUCAUAGUAUUAAACUUUUUUAUCAUACUAUACUUAGAUUUUUAUCAUAGUAUACUAUGACAUUUUUUACAUACUAUAUGACAUUUUUUAUCAAACUAUAAUAUGACAUUUUUUAUCUUACUAUACUGUGACAUUUUUACCUUACUAUAUUAUAUUUUUUAUCAAUACUUGACAUGACAUUUUAGACAUUAUAUCCUAGACUGCAGAGAAAGCUUUUGCUGUCUUUUGCAUUCACAGUUUGUCCUCCUGUCUUAACACUGUAGAUGCUGCCCCAUUGGAGAUUUACACCAAAGUUUGUGACAACAUGCAUUAUGAUUUGAAACAUGUUGGUUUGAAAACAGACAUUUGGAUCUCAGACAUGUCGUGGCUGAUCCUCACUGCGUUUUGGAUUGAUUCCUUUACCUCUGAAGCAGUGACAGAAAAUACCUGAGAUAUGAAAAACACUUUGUUUACUUUAAUAUGAUUAGCUUCAUAAUACUUUCGUGGUUCUCUAAGAAAGUGUGUGUGUUUGUGUGUUGUGGGACAGUUGAAGUGCCCUUCAGAAAAACAUGCUGCUGCUCUGUCACUCAGCUGCACUCUGCUCUCCUGGGGGAACGAAGGCGAAAAGAUACUCUUCAAAAUCGAUACUGUAUCACACAAGUAAUUGUUGAAGUUCAGUUUUGUGUCAUUUGGAAGUUGCAGCUCUGGGAAAGUCGUCUCAGUUCUGUUCACUCACCUGUUUAGCUGAACGUCUCCACAUUCAUGCAGAGAGCAUGUUUGAUCAGUCGAAUAACAGGCCUGGGGAAAAGUAGAUGAGUUUUUCUCAUCAUGAUACUGACAGCUUGUUCAAUUUGUUCAUGGAUGUUUGGUUUAGCAUCAGUGGGGUGUUCAAAUCUCACUCUUAUCCUUUUUAUCAUCUUUUUUCUCCAAUCUGUGAAGAUCCAUGUCAUCACCACAUGAACUGCAUGUACUGCAUGUACUACAGUAAUGACACCGACACAUGGCUGUGACAGAAACACUUCUGAAUGAUGAGAUUUGAAGAAGACACUAAUGACAGAAAUAAAUCUGGACUAAGGGGUCAGUAAGUUCUCACAGAUGAGUGUGAGAGGACUGGUCCAAGCUGACUAGUCAAAGAGCAACUUGAGUUUGCUCACCCUCCUAUAGAGCGUAUAGAUUAGAGACUCCUGACAGAGACCGUAUAACAGGGAUAACAUUGUAAUCCUGACUAUAGUGACUAUAUAGGGAUACAAACUUCUCUAUGUUUAGAACCAGUGUUAGAUUUCUAUUGAGUUGUGAUUGUAAUGACAACACAGAGUUUUAUUUUAAAGCUCCUGUGAGGAGUUUUUAACAGGUUAUGAAUCAGGCUGACGAGAUUAUCACUAUUUUUCAGUGAAAGCAGGGGACUAUUCUUGAUUCAAAAACACUUGUUACAAAAGUCAUAAAAAAAAAAAAAAGCAAAGAGAUAAAGCGCACGUUUCUCCACAGGGGGCGCCAGAAUCAGCACAAACCAAAAGUUCCCCACUGGAGCUUUAAUUCAUCAAUCAGUGGUUGUUGUUAAGAAUUAACAAAAUAAUUGGGAAACACUAAGGAUAAACAUGUUUUAUUUACUAAAUCUCAACAUCUUUAAUUGGCAGCAGAAUCCCUAGUGGGUCAAAUGAAUUAUUAAUAUUUUUGUCACUGUUUGUGCUCAAUUUUCUGAGUGUUUUCUUACCUUUUGACCAAUGAGUUAGUCUGAAUCUUCAUUUUCAUUUAAACAACUAGGAGACUACAAUAGUUGGAACAUUUAGGGAAAAAAAGCUCAACGUUUUUAUACAUUUCAUGACCUCGACUGUCAGAUAGAGAGAGCGACUUUCACUCAAAGCUUUUCCCUCUUUCUUUAUAAGACGUUUGUUCAUCCUGUGAGUUUCUUUGUGAAUUGCUGUAAUUUAGAUCUUCUCCGGUGAAGGGUGCUCUCAGACGUUUGGUGUCUGUCACUUCAGCGACAAGUUCUUUAAAAACAACAAGUAAACAGCGGCUUUAUUUCCCAAUGCAACAGACACAAUGACAGUUUAUUACAGUUGUGCUUACUCAAAGUUACUCGCAGGCCUUGUUGUGGUUGCGUUCACUCUCAGUACACAGUCACGUUUGUAGUGUGUAAUUUAACGGCAGAUGACAGUGUCGGAUAUGAGUCUGGUUGUGGUUUAGAUCUCGGGUUGAUCUUUUUCACAAAUAAGGUUGAAUCAGUAAGAAAUGUGCCUCUUCAACCGUAUUUCUUCUUGUUUGACACUAAAAUGUCAUCAACAGAAUUCAAUCAAACACACAGUUGGUAUAUUGAUUUUCAGAUAUGUCAUCAGCACAUGAUAAAGUGGCUGUUUGGCUUCCUCUGUCAGCGCGCUCUUGGAGAUGCAGCUCAUUUCUUGGAGUCCUCUGUAAGAGAGAUUUAACCUGACUGUGAUUCAGCUGAACUGCAUUCAAAUAUCCCUGAGCUCAGCUGCCCACCCGCUGCUCUCCAGUCAGACAGAGGCCAUGCCUGCCUGCUCCAUUUACAUCACAGUUUCAUUCUCACAGACACUUUAUAUUUCCACAGAGGACCCAGUGGAAAUCCAGCCAAUGCAAAAAUGUCCAUUAAGAUGCAUUGGCUCUUGUCAGUGUUCUUUGCCUAAUGUAACCCCCAUCAAUUAUUCAUCUUUGAGAAAUGUUCUCAUUUUUCCAGACUUCUGCUUCACUUUGCAUCAUGUGUGUGACAAUAAAAAAAAAACUAAGGGGGGGUCAUUGGUUUUCUCUUCUCCCCUCUCUUUCUCUCUCUCUGCUGCAGGCACAGUGGAACGGCUUGACCGGACAAAUAAUCAUAAACAAGACGGACGGCCUGCGGAAAGAAUUUGAUUUAGAUGUCAUCAGCCUGAAGGAGGACGGCUUGGAGAAGGUGAUCUUACUGACCUGAGCUUAUACUGUCAUUGUAAACAUCUACAUAAAACUGAAGAGAGAAGAAAAAAAAAGUGUGUGUAUUGUAAACUUUGUUUUCCAGAAGUUUAAGUGAGGUGACUUCUCUGUGCUGCAACAUUAUUCAAUGUUUACGAUCAUUAAUAGGCGGCGUUAUCUAUAAAUCAGAUGAAGUUCCAGCAUUUGUCUUUUUGUUUUUGUUUUUAAUCAUUUUGGUUCAGGGCUCUGUGAUUAAAAUGCUUUCUCUUUAUUAUUUCUGCAAGACCAUCGCAGGCAACAACCGCCUGAAUAAAGUGUGGAAAAAGGUCUGUACUGCAGCUGCCCUGGCAGACUAAGAGAAUCUGAAAGUGUUCGUGAAAUGAGCUCUACCUGCUGCCCUCUGUGACGUGUCCCUGCUGUUUAGAAAAUUAGGCUUUAGAUACAGAUAGAAAGAUCGGUUUAGCGUUUCUGUGCAGGACGUAGUUGGUAACAUCGUUGUGUUUUGUGCUCUUUUCCUGUUUUUCCCUCACACAUACUUAUUUGUCCUACUUGAUCUUUCCCCUUCUUUGCGCCCAUGACUUUGUGGAGGUGCCUCAGACAAACUGUAGAUCUUCACUCUCCUCACGUUGUGGUUAUCUUGAUGUUUUAUUGUCUGCAGAUUGGUGUGUGGAACUCCCAAACCGGCCUUAAUUUAACUGAAACCAAUAAGGACUCAUCCACCAACGUGACUGACUCCAUGGCCAACAGGACCCUCAUCGUCACGACGAUUCUGGUAAUGAGAGACAAACCCUUUUUUGUGCUUUAUUUCAUGAAUGGCAGCAGUCAUAUGUUGGUCCUCAUGAAACUAACAAGGUCUGUGCUGCUUCAGGAAAACCCGUACGUCAUGUAUAAAAAGUCUGACAAGCCUCUUUAUGGAAACGAUCGCUUUGAGGGCUACUGCCUGGACCUGCUGAAGGAGCUCUCCAACAUUUUGGGCUUCUCCUACGAGGUGAAGUUGGUGUCUGAUGGAAAAUACGGAGCUCAGAAUGACAAAGGGGAGUGGAACGGGAUGGUGCGAGAACUCAUUGACCAUGUGCGUACCGAUUAAUAAUAAAACUGAGAGAAUAUCUGAGCGUAUACAUUUCAUCCGUGUUUGAAUGGAGCUCCGGUUGACGCCUUUGUUCUGUGCUAGGUGGCUGACCUUGCUGUGGCCCCUCUCACGAUCACAUAUGUGAGGGAAAAAGUGAUCGAUUUCUCCAAGCCCUUCAUGACUCUGGGGAUCAGCAUCCUCUACCACAAACCCAACGGCACCAAUCCAGGAGUGUUCUCCUUCCUCAACCCGCUGUCUCCUGAUAUCUGGAUGUAUGUGCUGCUGGCGUGCCUGGGUGUCAGCUGUGUGCUGUUUGUUAUUGCCAGGUAAACCCGAACAAUCCUUCAUUUCAAGGGCUGUGUAGUUGUUGCCUCACACUAGACAAGCCUUGCCUUGAAAAAUAGCCCUUUAGAAGCGAGAAUCCAAACAGAGUAAAAAGGUGAAUAUAAAGGAUAAACUUAAUGCUAUUUCAUGGCAAAGGAAUGGUUCAAUUUAAGCAUGAAUGCACCUGAUAUGAGGGUCAUAUUUUCAACCUUAAAGAGACUGAUAUCGUUUAGCCAGAAGCAAACUCAAAGGAGCAGAAAUGUGAAUAUUUGUCAAAAUCUAGUAGGGCUGGGCGAUAUGGCCUCAAAUCAGUUCCAUAAUAUAUUGAUCAGUUCACCUCGAUAACGAUAAAUGGACGAUAACUACUCCACAAGCUGCUCACCCCCUCCCACAUUAACUUCAUCUACUUCAGCCGCUACAACUUUUGAACCGUCCUCCAUCUCCUAACCUGUCUUUCCCUCUUUGUUACGGACUGGAUGGGGUGGAGUCACGUCUCUGAUGUAGGACAGCGUCUUAAAGGGACAUGAGACCAUAGCCUACCUACACACAUCCAAAACCAACUUUGAUUUAUUUAUUUUUUGACCGAUAUGGACAAAAUGACGUCAGUAAAUGUCGUAGAUUUUCGGUAUUGGAAAGUUUUUGGUUUAUCGCCCGGCCCUAAUAUCUAGCACACAGACUUUAGACUAAAACACUCCCUGCUUGCCCUUCCUGUUGGUGAUGCAAUAGUGGCCUUUAGGGACAAAAAGCUGCUGUGCUGUAAUGCAUGAUGAGUAUGAUCCUCAAUUUGUGGUCAAAUUACAACAAAACAGUUUGUAUCUCCUGCAACUGAACACGGGUUUACAAUCAUUUGGAAAGGAAUUAAUUCACAAGUCUUCAAUAAUGUUAAAAUAUUAUAUGAUCUUUUCAUAUCUUUCUCUUCUUCCCCAUCAGGUUCACUCCCUAUGAGUGGUACAACCCUCAUCCCUGUAACCCGGACUCAGAUGUGGUUGAAAACAACUUCACUCUGAUCAACAGUGUCUGGUUUGGAGUCGGAGCACUUAUGCAGCAAGGUACACUGGUUUGGCAUGUUUGGUAUUGUCUGGUAGCUCAUCUUCAAACCACAAAAUUAACCUUCUAAAAACCCGGGUCCGCCAAUUGGGGGAACCUAGCUAAUGCAGAACAAUCGCAGAGCCACCACUGCGCUAUUUCUGACAGAAUAUUGUGAAGUAAUAUGUCAAAUUAAACCGCAGAAGCUGGCCUACAACGUGUAAAACCAUGUUUAUAUGACCAAAACACAGCCCAAACACUACUCAAAUAAACAACUAAAUAUCAAACUUUAUGAAGUACUUCUGUGUGGACCCAGUCACCACAUUUCUGGCUCAUAUACUACUGUACAUGAUCCAAAACACAUCAGCUACCGCUCAUUUGAGAGCACACUACCAAGAUACACAGAAGCAUGGCAGAGAAAGACGCCGAAAACGACCAAAGUCCAGCAAACACAGACACCGCUUGGUCAAAACAUGGUUGUAAAUUUCUUAUUAUGAACAUACAUUUUGAGCAAAAUCCAACAAAAAGGCUUGGUUUUUAGAAGGUUAAAGGCCUGCUGAGGAGGUCGUUGACGGAGCUUAUUUUCCCCUCCAAUUUAUAAAUAAUCCUAAUGUUCCUUUUAUUUCUCCCCUCGAAGGAUCUGAGCUGAUGCCUAAAGCCCUCUCUACGAGGAUCGUCGGUGGGAUAUGGUGGUUCUUUACGUUGAUUAUAAUCUCCUCCUACACUGCCAACUUGGCUGCCUUCCUCACUGUGGAGAGGAUGGACUCGCCAAUCGACUCUGCAGAUGAUUUGGCCAAACAAACCAAAAUAGAGUACGGUGCUGUGAGAGACGGCUCCACCAUGACUUUUUUUAAGGUAACUGUCUGGAAAGGUAACUCUGUUGGUAAAGAUUCAGAAACAGGAGAUUAUUUUUUAAUACUGAAGGCCUCACUUGCUGUGUGAUGAGUCAGAAGAAAGGGGAGUUGAGGAGAAAAGGUGAAAGUUUGAUAUCGAAGUAAUGUCCUCAUUCAUGCAGCUCGACAAACCAAAUUUUCUUGUUUUGCCUGCAGCACUGGGACCAGUUUAUCUGAUCAGAUUUGAUGAACCCUGACAUGCAUCAGGAUGAUUGAUUCAGUCUGAAAAUAAUGUUUCAUUUAAAAUAUUGGAAACGAGACCCGAGCAUGUAUCCCCCCCUCAUGUAUCAAUAUUAUCUGCUCUAUACAAUCCCCUGUGUUGUUGUUUUUGGGUUUGUUGAACACCAAGGUAUAUUAUUUUAGUGACAUAAAUCCUGAUUUUCUGUUUGCAGAAAUCGAAGAUUUCAACGUAUGAAAAAAUGUGGGCAUUCAUGAGCAGCAGAAAAAACACAGCUCUGGUGAAAAACAACCGUGAAGGGAUUCAGAGGGUCCUAACCACAGACUACGCUCUUCUGAUGGAGUCAACCAGCAUCGAGUACAUCAGCCAGCGUAACUGCAACCUCACACAGAUCGGAGGCUUGAUAGAUUCGAAGGGUUACGGAGUAGGAACGCCGAUCGGUAAGAGAGAAACGAGAAAAAUACAUCAACAGUAGGAGCUCAAAGGGCUGCACGAUUUUGGCCAAAGAUAAAAUCCCGAUUUUUAGGGGAUUUUGUAGGGGAAGGAAGGUCCCGCCUCCUUCGCCUCUGAUUGGCUGUGAAACGUCAUCACAUGCUCAAGCCGAGCGUGGGCUGUCGGCACUGUACAUCGAACAGAACAUUAUCGCGAUUCUGAAUCUCCUAACCCUAACCCGACAGACGAGGACGAUGACGUUUCAUAGCCAUAAAGAAUAGCCAAUCAGAGCCCAGCACUUCUAGCCAAUCAGAGGCGAAGGAGGCAGGCCCUUCCCCUACCAUCCAAUGAAAAAAAAUCCUUCCUCCCGCAGGAAGGGGGAGCCUAUGGUGGUAGAAAGGAGAAUCGAUUUCACGAUUUUAAUUUUUUUAACAUCGUCAUAAUCAAAUAAUCUGAUUACAAUUUAAAAUCGAUUAAUCGUGCAGCCCUAGUAGCUAAUAUUUGUCGUCUGUCACUGGUAAUAUCAGUAAUGAGGUUUUGCUCCUGUGAUAGGCUCACCUUACAGAGACAAGGUCACCAUCGCCAUCUUGCAGCUUCAGGAGGAAGGGAAGCUGCACAUGAUGAAGGAGAAAUGGUGGCGAGGAAACGGCUGCCCGGAGGAGGACAGCAAAGAGGCCAGCGCUUUGGGCGUGGAGAACAUCGGAGGAAUCUUUAUCGUCCUGGCCGCCGGACUGGUCCUCUCGGUUUUUGUAGCGAUCGGAGAGUUUAUUUACAAAUCUAGAAAAAACCUGGACAUUGAGGAGGUGAGUGUCGGUCAGUGUGAAUGGCACAACAAGUAUUAACUCAAUGGAACUCAGCGGAGGAAGGUUACCGACCUCCCACACAUUUGCUUUGUCGUCGUUGUCUUCAGAGGACUAUUUUAAUCACUGGGCCAACAAAGUUUUCUGAAUGUGUCGAACUGCAUUGUUACAAUCAAAACAGAGAAACUUUUUAACACAGAGUUUAGUCUUUUCAGUAGUUUUGACGUAGAGCGAAGAUCGUUUCAGUCUUAUACGGACAAACACACACCUGAACCCCUUUUUACGAUGACGGAUGGUUUCUGACGUCUGACACCAUCACACUCGACCAUCUUGGCCUUUCUGUUUCUUUUUUUGUUCUUUUGCAAAAACUCUCAUCGUAACUUUGUCUUGUGUGGAGAAAAAUGUCAUUGUCACGCCAUUUAUUGUGGGUAAGUGGUACAUUUAAAGACUUGUUUUUAACAACUGCAGUAUUUGAGAGCCGCUGUUUGAACAUGUUUGCUGUUUUUCAUAUUUAUACACACAGAGACUUUGAAACAACAUCACUACUUCUUACCACUUUUGUAUGUACUCAUGUAUUUUCAAAUAUCUCCGUUUAUUCAAUGACAAUGUCUCCAGUUUGUUAAUGAAAACAUCCUCCUUCAAGAUUUGGUCAAAGUUGACACUCAGGCCAUCGGCUGCCGUGAAUGAUUUCUUUUCUUUUGGUUCUUGUACGAUAUGACGUUCAUGAUCACGCACGCAUUAGUCAUGUUUGAAGUAUAUCAAGUCGACUAAUGUUAUGUGGGAACAUUACACCCUUUAACCUUUUCUCUAUCGUUUUUCUUGGUUUGAUUGCUCCCUUUCCUCCCCUUCUUUUCCUUAACUCGAAAAAGACGCCAUCGUUUAGCUUUUUAUUUCACCUGAGACACUGUUAAACCGCAUCCAAGAGAUCUGAGGUCUUGAUGUAAACCCCAUUUUGCAGUCUUGAGAUACUUUAGUUCUCUUUCAAAGUGUUUUGGGGAGCUACUAUAUGUCAUUACAGAAGGAGGGUUAUGUUGUAAGUCACCUCAGGUAGCACAAUUUGAUCACCGAGGUCUUAUUUUUAGCAAAGACAGAUAUUGAGUUAUUGAUUUACCAAUCGCAGCCGUUGAUAUAGUGAAGUUAUCCAGCCAGGUCCCUAAAUUUGUGAUUUCCUGAAUCCCUUUUAAUAUACCUGCAAGUGGAUUAACUACACACACCAGACACGUGGUUCAAAUGUGUGUCCGCCAUAUCAUACAGACUACAACAGUCAAUAUAUUAUAUUUUACCACCAAACCUGACGGGUAAUUCUGAGUCUUAUUAAAGGACCGCCGUCUCAAUCAGGAGGGUUUGACAGAAUUUCGCCUAGGAAAUAAUUGAGCAACAAUCGUCAUGUAUAUUUAUAAUUGUUUUUUUAAAGAAAUGUAUUUGUCCAAUGCCACAUUAUCGGUUCCUACUGUGAGCCAAUUACAUGAAAAGGCUGUUUUCAUUAUAACUUUUCACUGAUUAAAGAGCGUUGCUUUGAAAAAGGAUUUGGAUGUUAAUAAAGAGGCGCAAAUAAUCAAAAACUGAAGCAUCCAAUAUGCAAAUAAUGACAAAGUUGAAUAAUUCAAGCCAUAAAUAGUGUUGGUUUGAUUUGGACCAGGCUGUUUUCUCUGUGUAUUUCAUUCCUCUUAUUUAAUCCCACUUUGCUUCCACUCUCCCUCUUAGACAGCUGAUUUAUUUCGUUUCUGUGGAGAAUCAAACGAUGGACCUGAGUUUAAUUAAGCAAUCCUGGCAAAAGGACGAGCCAGAGUCACACAGUUUCUUCUUUUACUUCAAAAAAUAAAGUACCUUAAAUAACUCAACACCUUCCACAAGUAUUGACUAUUAAAUUCAUUUGAUUUUAGUGAUUUUUAUCGUAAAUACAAUAAAGAUGAUUCUCAUGUCCUUG